UUAAAAAAAAAGGAGCAAACGCAAACGAUGCAGCUGAAAAAUUCCGGUCCUUAUAGGCUUUAGCAAAGGCGCCUUGAUAAUCCAGUUCAAACUUGCAGGUUGCAGAUACUCUUCGCAAGCGUUUGACACUGGGAAUUUAUAGAGGGAGGAAGAUUGAUUGAAGACGUAGGACUAGAGGAACGAGAGGAAUCUCAGUUGCGCAUUUAAAUUUUGAUUAUUUGUAUUAGCAAACAAUGAUUCUGAGAACUCCAGCGCCGAGAAAGCGAAGGGCAGAAUCGGCGUUGCUUGAAGAAGAUAAUCAAUUUUUGAAUAGUCGUAGCCCUAAUAAUACUAAAAAUAAUGUUUCUAAUAGUAACAAGCAGCUGGUCAUCUACGAGGACUCUCCGUCGGCUCCGGUGCCGGAAUCGUCUCAUGACCAUCCUAUCACCUCCGACCAUAUGCUCUGUACUUAUCAAUGCCGUCAAAUGGUAAAAGCUGAGUUUUUUGAUGCUCUAAGCAAUGCAGAAAAACAGGCUCGUGAGUGUCAAUCCAAACUUGAUGCAUUGAAUGAAGAUUUUUGCAAAGCUGAAACUGAAAGGAAAAGAUUUCGAGACAAACUUUUAUCUGCAGAGCAAGAACUUGCAGCGGCAAAACGACGUGAACAGGAUCUUCAAGAACAGCUAAUGAAGGGGGUCAACUCUUCUGAAGAACGUCUCCGGAGACAGUUGCAGUUGUUUAAUGAGCUUGAGAUAAAGUUCCAAAAUGAGGUGAAUCUUCGCGAAAAGGCUCAAUCUUUGGCAGCAUUGGCUGAAGAAAAAGCAAGCGCACUGGAGGCGAAAUUACAAAAGGUCUCUCAGAGUACCGAAAAGGAGAAAAUUCGGCUCCAGAAUGAGCUUGCGCACCUGAAAAGCGAUUCAAAACUUUCUGUGUCCAGAAUUAGUGCAGAUCUUGAGAGAAUGGAAUGCCGAGCUAAACAUGCAGAGGAAGAGUCAAAACUAUUGAAGGAUCAGAUGGAACAACUCAGAAAGCGACUUCAUGAGUGCAUGCAGCAGAAAGGUGAGAUGGAGAAAAGGUUGUUACAUGCUACUCCACAAGAAUCUCCCUCUACAGACAGUAGUAUAUUGCUAAAGCAUUUGCAAGAAGAACUCAGGAAUUAUGAAUCUGAAGUACAUGAGGCAAGAAAACUGAAAUCCUCUCAUGAAAAUGUUGAGUUACUGAAGGAGAAAUUACAAGAAGAAAAGAGACGUAGAGAAAGGGCGGAGUUAGACAUCCUUAAAUUGCCGGAAAUCCAAUUGAGGAUUGAGAAGCUACAGGAUGAGUUGUCUGCUUGGAAAUCUUUGAUGAAAGAUAUUCCGGGCGUGUCAUGUGCUGAUGACGUACCUAUGAAAUUUGCAGCUCUGCAAAAAGAAGUGAUUGAUAGCAUGAUGAAAGUUGGCGAGGCACAGGUACGUUUGAAAGAGAUUGAGGUGGCUCUAGAUGCUGCAGAGCUUGAUAAACAAAAUGCAAUUACUGAAGCUACAUUGGCUAAAGAGAAGGCAGAAUCGUCAAAGUCAGAGGUCAAGAGGAUUGAAUUGAUGCUUGCUUCUGCUUUGGAAGAAAGAGACCGCCUAAAAAAUAUGUUUAAUGAAUUAAAAAGGGAAAAGCAUGCUCAGGGUGGGCCAGAAGUAACAAGCGGAGCACUUGUUCAGGAGCUGGAAGCAUCUAUUGCCAAGAAGGAGAACUAUAUAAAGGAACUAGAAAGCAAUUUGCACGAGCAAAACCUUAUUAAUAUCCACCAGCAAAAUGAAAUUAAGUUGCUAAGUGUGAGGCUAACUGAUGAAGCCAGAAGAAUAAAGUCAUUAGAGAGGGAGGGUGAUCGACUUCGUUCUGAGUUAGCUCUAUUGGAGUCCAAGUUGGGGCAUGGCGAUUUUUCAUCUGCAAAUACAAAAGUUUUGAGAAUGGUGAAUACUCUUGCUGUAGACAAUGAGGCAAAACAAACAAUAGAGGCUUUGCAAAAUGAGCUGCAAAAGACAAAGGAGAAGUUACAGGCUGUUGAAGAGUUGAAAAAGCAAUCAGCUGAUGCUGGCACACUGGUAGACUCCUAUGUUUCUGGAAAGAUUGUUCAGUUGAAAGAGCAAAUUGCUACUCUUGAAAAACGUGAGGAAAGAUACAAGACUGUAUUUGCGGAGAGAAUAUCAGUUUUUAGAAGGGCUUGCUGUGAACUUUUUGGUUACAAGAUUGUGAUGGACGAUCAUCAGCGACCAGAUGGAAUCCCUGUCACACGUUUUACACUCCAAUCUAUCUAUGCUCAAGCUGAUGAUGAGAGGCUUGAAUUUGAAUAUGAAUCAGGGAAUACAAAUAUCACGGUGAAUGAUUACACUAGACAGCCUGAGAUAUCUCACCAGGUUGAAAUAUUUAUCCGGAAGAUGAAUUCCAUCCCUGCUUUCACAGCCAACUUGACCAUGGAAUCUUUCAAUAAGCGGACCCUAUCUUAGAAUAUGCAAUGAUACCUUGGUGCUGUCCAUGUCAUCAUCGAUAAGGGGAGAUGAUGUUGUUGUGAUGUCAUUAAAUGUGUGAUGUCCUAGUGAUCGGGUGGUCCACCGAUUCUGUGGGUUCUCCACGGUGGAUGUUCUCAGCUACGUUUAAUUAGGUUAGCUUAUAAUCCUUUUGUACAAUCUGUGUGGUAGCAUUAGAUUAUUUUCAGUUCAAGUUUGUUGGUUUUUCAAAAUAUUUUGAUUUUGUAGAAGAGCCCGGAAUUUGUUUAUUCGACGAGUGAAAAAGCCAGCUGAAAAGGGGAAAAAAAAAGGAAAUUCUGGAAGAAACUCUUUCAAUUGAACAUUUUUAAGCCGGGUAUCUAACCGAUGGUUAGUGGAUUAUAUCUCGAGAAUCUAAUAGUAGUUAAUACCUACAUUAAAUCUUCAACCCCGUAAAAGGAUUGCUUGGUCGACUACUUCCCCAUAAUAAGGGUGCUACGAGGGACUUCUAAGCAGACAAUGUUGAAGACAAAGGUGCUAAGCUGUGGAGAGG